AAAUAAAUUCUUAUAACCUUGAUUAAUUCUUGUAAAACGUGACUUUCAUUAUUAUAUCACGACCAUAACAAACUUUUCGCAUUGGGUUCUUAGGUCCAUCCUCUCUUUUCUUUGUUUUAAGGCGAGGCGCCGCUGCUUAUCUCAAGAUGCAUUUCAAAAGCUGGCAAGCAGAGGAUUUUAUCUCGUUAUCAAAUUUAAUCUCGAUCACUCACAUUUGCAAAUCAAUCAAUAUCACAAUUCAGUAAAUUGCUCAUUAUAGGAUCACGUUCCCCACUAAUGAUUUUCUCAAGAGCAGCCUCGUAUCAAAAAAUUUUUUAAUUUGAACAGGCAUGUGUGAGCGUGAUAAAAAUUUCAACUGCCAUUGUUUGAUGUAAAAUCGCGCAAAACACACUCCCACUCGCUUUUCACUAUCUCCAUAUACCAGCGCAAUAAUUCAACGUGUGGCUUUGUUGCUCGGGGUCGCCGCAGCAGCGUCACGAAGGACGCGCAGGUCUUCGGCAAAGCCAUCAGCCUCAAGCCGCACCGCAUCUGCGGCGUGUGCGGCGACCGCGCCAGGUCCCUCCACUUCGGCGGCCUCUCCUGCGACAGCUGCAAGGCCUUCUUCCGAAGGGCCGUCCAGAGCGGCACCUACAGGAACUUCCAGUGCCCCCACCAACCUGGAGGAUGGAACAAGUUCUGCGUGAUCACGGUCGCCUCGAGGAAGAGCUGCCAGAAGUGCCGGUUCGAGGCGUGCGUGCAAAUCGGAAUGGAGAUUUCGUGGGUGAUGAGCGAGGCGGAGAGACAGCGGCUCCUCAUUACCCGCAUGGCCAAGAAGCGAAAGCCCGACGAAGAGUCGCAGUGCUCCACCCCGAGCAGCUCCACCUCCGAGCCCACUAGUCCUGUUCUGCUCAACAAGUCCAGACCACACCAGGACUAUCUAUGGCCUCUCUAUCCAGACAAUAUUUGUCUGGAAAAUUUCAUGAGUCAAAACGAGGCUCUUUCCGUUGAAAAAGUGAAAUUGGCGUGGACAUCUGCAAUCCAACACGUUCCACCAACUCGCCUCGAGGGCCGCGAUUUGAAUAACAUGAAUUUUGAUCACGCUGAGUUGGUCCGAGCCAUCAAUGGUUCCAUCAGACGGUUCCAGGCGUUUGCAAGUCCACUCUUUGUUGAUACUGACGUAGCUGACGAGGACAAGAAGACCAUUCUGAAAAGCUGCAUGCUUGAUCUUUGCAUUUUGAGAGCUGCCCUCAACCAUUUCAGAGGCGCCAUCCUUCUGGAGCGCUUGUUCCCAAGCAAUCUGCACGAAGUGCAUAUUCGCUUUGUCCGAAGCUUGCAAGAACUUUCUCUAGAUCAAACCACCAUGCUACUUUUCUUGGUCGUCAUUCUACUCAGCCCCGAUCGACCGGUGCUUCAGCAGCCAAAGAAAGUGGAAAAGCUCCAAGAGUACUAUUUAAUGAUCUUGUACAAAUACAUGGUGGGACGAUACGGGACGCCCAAGGCCUCGGCGCUUUACCCGAAGCUUCUGAGUAAAAUGGCAGACAUCCAAGAGCUCAGCGACUGCCAUCAGGAACAAUACUUGAGCCUGGCGCACCACGAAGUACAAUCUGUGAAGGAGGAACUCAGCCGAAUUCAGUGCUCCGAGUGUCCUCCUCCGUCAUACGAAGUGAGCACGGCCGCAUCCUAUCCCAACCAGCAGCUCCACCUGAGCUCAUUUGACCAAACCUUUGCUCCGGUGUCUCCAACUGGCCAGCAACAGUACAUGUCUCCGUCCUCUCAGAGUUACUACUCGCAAACCUCCCCGAUGAGUGACCCCAGCUCCGAGGUUGGCUACAUGCCCUAUGAUGAGAAACAAGGUUUCUUUUUUGAUAGUGUGAGUGAAUGCGGCCAGCCAAAUAAUUUCAUUCCCGACUAUCAAAAUAAUACUCUCCAGCAAGGACAGUGCUACCCUUCAGCAAUGUGCUCUCCAGAGGUGCAGACUGCCCCCUUCCAAUUCCAACCCAACCAGCAGUACAACUUUGCGGAAAAACAGCUUCUGCCGUACACAGAGGUGUGCAAUGAACUAAAUCCGCGACUGAUGAGAACCAAUCAGGAUCUGCCUUCGUGCCUCGACACCAGUAUUGGUUCCAGCCUCAGUUCCAACUACGGCUCUAGUCCUCGAACUCCAGGCGGUGAAGAAUAUUUGUCUCCUGAUUUUUCGCCAGCAGUAUUUUCGCUUGACAAUGACAACACAGAUAACACCAGUGCCUAUUUUAAUGUAUUCCAGAAGUGUUGAUAAUAAUAAUUGUCAUGAUUUGUGAGAUCACACUGAUGAAAUAAAAGUACAAAAAUCGUCCUGGAACUAGACCGUAAUUUUUAAUUA